AAGCCCAGCUGAAGCCUCAGUCACGAAAACAUUUCGACUCGGCGUCUUUUCUUCCCGAUGGCGGCGGUCAUGGAACCCUAGCCGCCAGGCCACCUACGCCGCUAGCCACCGCCAGCCGUCCGCAAUCUCCCGGCCUCCUUCUACUCGUCCCACCCUUGGAAACCCCACGAACGUCUUCACCGGCGUCUUCCACCUCAACCUGCAAUACCCACAAGUUAUUCAGUGCUCGCCACGGAACUAAAUUAGGUAUUGGAGAUACCAGCAUUUAUGGAGAGAUAAAGCACGUGUGGAUCUGAAUAUGGUUGGCAAGGCUCGGCGCCGCUCUGCUCAAGGCCGUGCUUCAACUCGACUCAAAUCCUCCUUUGAGACGGCAGCGGAGAGACUCCCCGAUGACCUCCUUGUUGAUAUCCUCUCGCGUGUGCCCGUCAAAUCACUCUGCCGCUUUAAGUGUGUCUCCAAGCACUGGCUCGGACUCAUCGACCACCCCGAGCACCGCAGAAAGCUACCCCAAACCCUGGUCGGGUUCUUCUGCAACAACGACGAGUCAGUUAUCCAGUUUACCAGUGUAACGGAGAGCAGCUACCCUCUGAUUGACACAUCUUUCGCAUUUCUGCCCAACUGCGGGCAGCUGGAACUUUUGGACUGCUGCGACGGCCUCCUCCUAUGCGGCUGCUACACCCAGGGUAAUGAGUUCCGUUACGUCGUGUUCAAUCCCGCCACAGAGAUGUGGGUCAUGUUGCCUGACUCCGGCUACAACGGCGAGGUGGGCACAACACGGUUGGGCUUUGAUCGCGCUGUGUCUUCCCAUUUCCAUGUGUUUGUGCUGCUGGAGGGUAACCACGAUAGUGACCGUUAUAUCACCGGAGCGUAUCUGUAUUCAUCGACAACCGGAAGAUGGAUUUAUAAGGAGAAAGGAUGGGACCGAUAUAUUGGUCUCCAUACUGGUGGCUCAGGAGCUGUCUUUCUCAAUGGCUAUCUGCAUCUUUACUGCUAUGACCAUGACGUGUUGUGCCCAUGUGUAGCUAUGGUGCACAAGGAGGGGGAAACUUGGAUGUUCUUUGAUUCCCCUUCCUUCGUGCAAGAUGCUAUUCUUCAGCAGUCACAGGGACACUUGCAUUUUGCUGGUUUUAAAAGUGACUAUGGUGAGGAUGAUGAUUAUGAUGAUUUAAGUGUUACCCGAAUAGUAGUUUAUGCUCUCAAGGACUAUGACAAAGACGAGUGGAUACUGAAGCAUAGCAUUGAAGCUUUACACAUUGGAGAGAUAGAUGAUUUGAUCCUGAUCCAUCCCUACCGUAACACUAUCUUUUUCUCUAUGGGUCCAGUCAUGUGCUACAACAUGAAUCGCCAACAAGCCAAAGUGGUCUGCAAUGAUGGAGAAUGCGAGCCGCCAUAUCUACCAUAUGUGCCGCUCUACGCAAAGUUAGAAUCAUUGCACAUGUGACUGUCAUUGCAUAUUUUUGCUUUGAUGCAAUGUGGUAAACUCUUCUAGUGGUAUAAUGUGUUAGAACAAUUAUCCUUUUUUGCUACACACAUGUUUUCUGAUUGUAAAACACUUUAUAUGAAUGCCAGAUACAAUGCAAGUUCCUUUGAUGCUGAUUAA